AUGUCUCAUAAUAAUACUCCUAACAAUACUAAUAAAAGUUUACUAGAGCAAACUCCAUCUGAAUUUGAUAUAACAAUAAAUAAGUUUCGUGUAAAAAUUUUGCAACGCAAUCGACUUAUAAAACGUGUUACAGAUAUCAGUUGCCAAUGUUUUGAAGAGAUGUCAUACACAGAACUUGAGGUUAAAUUAGAACUGCUCGAACAAAAGUACAAACAAUUUGAGACUAUACAAUCAGAAUUAGAAAACAUUGAUGAGUCACAAAUCGAGGAAGAUUUUCGAGACAAAUUUGAGGAUAUAUUUUGCGCAGCUAAAGCAAAAAUCAUUAACAAAUUGUCGCUACACAAAACUACAACUAACCCCUUGUCGAGUACUCAAAUUAAUCAACACGAACCUUCAUCAUCGAGAGCUAAGGUGAGUCUUCCUAGACUUGAGCUACCAUCGUUUAAUGGACAACUUAAUCAGUGGCUCAAUUUCUUCAACAUGUUUUCGGUAAUGGUUGAUAAAAAUGAUGAAUUAUCAAAUGUUGAAAAAUUUCAAUAUUUAAAGUCAUGUUUGACCGGCGAUGCGUCUCAACUAGUUCAAUCGUUAGAAGUUACAGCAAACAAUUACUGCAAGGCUUUAGAUCUGCUUAUAUCACGAUAUGACAAUAAACGUUACAUAUUUAAUUCUCAUAUUCAAGAAAUAUUUAAAAUUCAAAGAAUGUCAAAUCCAAACGUAAUACAAUUACGAAACUUCGUUGACUGUAUUAAUGGAAAUCUUCGAGCUUUACAAUCAUUUGCAUCAAAAAAUCAGAUUUCAGAAGGCAUAAUACUACAAUUAAUUGUCUUAAAGUUAGAUAUAGAAGUUGCAACAAAAUGGGAAGAAGAAGUUUCUAACAAUGCUAAGCAAAAUAGUACAGACUCAUUUUAUUUACCAACAUGGGUAAAUAAAAAAAAUCAAGAAAACGAAGAUGUUCAAGAAAACAUCUUCGUUUUCUUGAACGAAGAUGUCAAUCCUUCGAUAUUAUCGCAACCAACACAACAUCCAGAUCAUCUCAAUUCAUACCUAGAAAACAAACUUCAUUCGUCGUUUCUGGUGAUCAAUAUUGGUUUAUGUUUAAAUUGUUUAUUCCCUAACCACAUAUCUAACAAUUGUCCUUCGAGUAAUCGUUGUCAACACUGUCGAGUAAGCCACCAUACUCUACUACACAGAGAAAAGGCUAAACAAAAUCCAAUUGCUGCCGACAAUGUUACCACAAAUGAAGGUAACUCAAAUUGUAACACUCCAACUGUACUAAAUGUAUCAAGAAGCAGAAGUGAUGUCGUUCUGGCUACAGCUUUGGUGGAAUUGUCUGUUGCAUCUGGAAAAAAAAUGGUGGCUAGAGCAUUGUUGGACUCAGCCUCACAAUUACAUUUUAUUACUGAAAGAGUUGCCCAAAAUCUUCAUUUACCCCGUCAAAAAACUGAUUUAGAUAUCUCAGGGAUUGGUGAUAAUUCGAUUAAAGCAUAUUACCAAUGUUCACUUACACUUAAGUCUACGAAUUACCCUCAAAUAUCUUUUAUUAAUGCUAUAAUACUUUCUUCAAUAACAACAUGUCAGCCACAAAAAUACAUUAAUACAGAAUCUUGGAAUAUUCCCACAAACAUAAAAUUAGCUGAUCCCAAUUUUAAUCAGCCCGGUUCAAUUGAUAUACUCCUUGGUGCCAGUAUUUUUUAUGAAUUUCUUAUGGUAGGUCAAAUAAAACUUCGAGAUAAUCUUCCUAUUUUGCAAAAAACCUCCUUGGGUUGGAUAGUAGCAGGCGCAAUAUCAUCGAUAGCGCACUCACCAUCAGUACCACCAAAAAAUUCCGUAUUUAGUGCUACAAUUCUCGAUAAAUUAAACGAUUGUUUAGAAAAAUUUUGGACAAUUGAAGAUCACCACAGAAUAAACAAGGAGGAAAACAAUAAUGAUUGUGAGCGAUAUUUCGAAGAAACAACGUAUAGAUGUCCACAAACAAACAAAUUCGUUGUUAGAUUUCCAUUUAAACCAAAUGCUCAAAAACUGGGGGAAUCAUAUGAUAUCGCACUUAAAAGAUUUCUGUUGUUAGAAAAACGAUUAAAAUGUGACAAAAAACUUAAUGAUGAGUAUUCAUCAUUUAUUAAUGAAUAUAUAGAAAUGAACCAUAUGAAAUUACUGCCAAGAAAACAGGUGUCAUCCAAAUUGUUAAAUUAUAUUCCUCAUCAUUGUGUAAUUAAAAACGACAGUUCUACAACACGACUUCGAGUCGUAUUCGAUGCGUCGUGCCAAACUUCUAAUGGUCUGUCGCUAAAUGACAUUCUUCUUACUGGACCUACACUGCAGGAUGACUUGUUCACCUUCUUAUUUCGUUUUCGUUUACAUCGUUUUGUUUUAAUGGCUGACAUUGAAAAAAUGUUUCGGCAGGUCUUCGUCAAUCCAGAUGAUUUAAGGUUUCAAUGUAUUUUGUGGCGUAAUUUAUCGAUGGAAGAAGUGGAUGUUUAUCAAUUACAAACCAUUACAUAUGGCACUAGCUGUGCCACAUUUUUAGCUACAAAGUGUUUACAGCAACUUGCUAAGGAUAAUGUAGAUGUUUUUCCAACAGGUGCUGAAGUUACCCUUAAAGAUUUCUACGUAGAUAAUCUAAUGACUGGUGCUAAUACGAUAGAGGAAGUUAUCGAAAUAAAAAAUCAAGUUGUUCAACUGUUAAAGAUUGGUGGAUUUCCAUUACGAAAGUUUGCAUCAAAUGUUCCUGAUAUUAUUAAAGAUAUUAGUUCAUCAGAUAAAGAACAAUUAAUAAAAAUACAUGGCACAGAGUUCAUAAAGGCACUCGGUUUAAAAUGGUCACCAAAGGAAGACAAUUUUCUUUUUAACUACGAAAUACCAUUAUCAAGGACAAAAACAACGAAACGUAAAAUUUUAUCCCACAUCGCCACAUUUUUUGAUCCAUUGGGUUGGAUAAAUCCUAUCAUCGUAAGUUGUAAAAUUUUAAUGCAACACAUGUGGACACUUAAACUUUCAUGGGAUGAAAGCGUACCCCAAUGGAUUGCCACACAAUGGGAAGAUAUUUGUCAACAAAUGCCGCAAAUAGCUGAAGUUAAAAUACCAAGAAUAGAUGGUACAUCGUCAUUGUUGUGUGCAAAAUCACGUGUUGCUCCGAUUAAACCAAUUACAUUACCCAGACUUGAACUAUCAGCUGCACUUCUAUCCUCUGAGCUACUUAACGAGGUAUGCAACAUUAAAAAUGUUUCCCCUAAUAACAUUCAUUGCUGGAGUGACUCUUCAAUUGCACUAUCAUGGAUAAAAGGAGAUGCAGCAAAAUGGAACCAGUUUGUGUCUAACAGAGUUCAAAAAAUCAAAAAUAUUACGUCAAAUUUUGAAUGGCACUAUUGCCCAACAGCAGAAAAUCCAGCAGACUUAGUGUCUAGAGGAGUAAAAGUUGCUGAUCUCAUAGACAAUAAAUUAUGGUUUGAAGGCCCAGAAUUUCUCCUAAAAACACGCAAUAAUUGGCCACAAUUACCACAUCACAAUUAUGAAGAUAUUCCUGAAGAAAAAACUAAGGCUGCGACUCUCAUCGUAAAUCAAUCACCAAAUAUAUUCUUCGAUUUUAAAUACAUCAAUAAUUACAAAAAGACUCUAAGAAUUUUUGCCUAUGUGAAUAGAUUUAUUGCUUUAGUUAAAAAAACAAAGGAAGUUAAAAGGGGUCAUAUCACACUUGAUGAAGAAAAUCAAGCAUUAUUAAAAAUCUGUACUAUUAUUCAAGUGGAAUCCUUUUCUGAAGAAUAUAAGGCAUUGUCCAAAACUAACGUUAUAAAUCACCAAUCAAAAUUAGUACAACUCUCACCAUUCAUCAAAGAUGGUCUUAUUCGUGUAGGCGGUCGUCUUCAGAAUUCAUCGUUGUCUUUCGAUGCCAUUCACCCGAUUGUAUUGCCUAAUCAUCACCCAUUUGUUCGAACACUCAUUAAUCACCAUCAUCGAAUCCACAUGCACGCUGGAACUCAAACACUCAACAGUCUUCUUCGUGAUCGCUUUUGGAUUAUAGAUGCUCGGAACACAAUUCGCCACACCAUACACAAUUGCAUUAUUUGUUAUCGUUGUCGACCCCAAAUAUGUCAACAAAUAAUGGGAUCAUUGCCUAGAGAUAGAGUCGAACCUUCAUACCCAUUUACUAUUACCGGAGUGGACUAUUGCGGUCCGUUUUCAAUUACUCAUCGUAUAAGAGGUAAGCAACCAACAAAGGUAUACAUUGCCGUAUUUAUUUGCUUCACAACAAAGGCUAUUCAUAUGGAGGUUGUAAUGGAUCUUACCACAAUAGCAUUCAUAGCUGCUCUAAAACGAUUCAUAGCCAGAAGAGGCAAAUGUAAUACCAUAUAUUCAGACAAUGCUACCAAUUUCGUUGGAGCAAAUAAGGAACUGAAAUUAUUACUUCAACAUUUCCUAUCAUCGGACCACAUAGCUGCCGUCAGCGAGAACUGUAACCAACAAGGUAUAAAGUGGAAAUUUAUACCUCCCCGUUCCCCACACUUUGGAGGUUUGUGGGAAAGUGCAGUAAAACAAGCAAAAUAUUUUCUUCGUAGAGCUGUGGGCACCUAUCUCUUUUCGUAUGAUGAACUACAAACCGUAUGUUGCCAAGCUGAAGCAAUAGUUAAUAGUAGACCACUUACACCAAUGUCCAGUGAUCCCGAUGACCUUCGCGCAAUAACUCCCUCACAUUUCCUCAUCGGUCGAACAGCUCAAACAGUACCAGAACCUUCUGUCGAACAUUUUGUGUCAGGAACACUUAAACGAUAUCAACAAAUUCAAUGGGCUCAGCAACAUUUUUGGCAAAGAUGGCAAAGGGAGUAUCUGAAUGAGUUGCAAAGAAAACGUAAAUGGACUACCCAGUUUGUAAACUUACAGCCGAAUGAUAUGGUACUAGUUAAAGAAGAUAAUUCACCACCAAUGAAAUGGCAUCUAGGUCGCAUAGUGGAGACAAUAAAGGGCCCAGAUGACAAGGUUAGAGUUGUUGUUGUCAAAACUAGUGAUGGUCAACACAAAAGAGCUAUUACAAAAAUAUAUCCACAGAUGCUGGAUGACGAGGAGGAGAACAAUAACGAUAAUGAUGAUGGUGAUGAUCAUGGGCACGAUGAUGACGACUGUGACGAUGACCAAAACGACAACUUAACAAUGACGACAACUACGAUGAUGAUAACGUUGACGACCUUUAAUGUUUGA